GAAAUAUUAAGUGCCUAGUAGGUACGUUGGUAUUCAACGGUUGCCCCGCCUCAUCGUCAUGCGCCGUCUCCGCCCUUGCAUCUAGGCCUACAUAGAAAGCUGUACUGGUACUUGGUGCGUGUAAGUAUUGGAGAUUUGGAGGUGGGAUGCGCGAACAACGCAAGUACCUACCCUAAUUGAACCUUAACUUUAGUCCUGGUAUUUUCCCUCAUGAUUAUUGAUAUUCUUUGGAGGGCCUUUUCACUUUCUUCUCUGCGCCUCGUCUCAUCUCUUCUUUUCUAAACUUCUAAGAAACAUUACACAUCAAGCGAAAAGUCGCACGACAAGGAGAUUGUUGUCAUUCUAGACCCGCAACUCAUUUACCAUUGUUGCCAAAUACCGAGACCUGCGUUACUCAGGGUAACAUCUUCGUGACAGCUACUCAAAAGCUUUCCUGGCAAAAAUCACAUGCGUUUGGACAAAGCUACGACCUAGCUGCCGCCCUGCGCAUUUGACAAAGCAUUUUACCACAGUCGGACUUAAAGACGGAUAAACCCUACUACUAGAACUAAUAGGUACUUCUAAUUCUAAGCUGCUAUACGACAGCGAAUCUAUUUUGCUAGUUUUAUAAAAUAGCUGAUAUGGGCCGCCCUCCGGCUUACAUAUUCAUAGUUAGGCACGGGAACCGCCUUGAUGCUACGGACAAACAAUGGCACCUCUCCUCGCCUACUCCCUAUGACCCCCCUCUAACAUACGGAGGAUGGAUGCAAUCGAAGACCGUCGGGACAAGGGUUGCUUCUAUCUUGCAGGAGAGGGAAGAGUAUGAUGAGGCUGUGACCACUGACCACCAGCCCGACACAACCCCUGUCAAGCAGAAAAAGCGCCGCUACAAAGUCGUGAUACAUAGCUCGCCCUUCCUUCGUUGUACGCAAACAUCCAUCGCCAUAGCUGCCGGUCUAGCUUCGAGCUCCUCCGUUCCCGCACCCGCACCCGUCGAAAGAUCUCCCUCCCCGCGCAGUACGCCAACCUUGCCACCAAGCUCUGCUAAGAAAUGUGUUUUGCGACUCGAUCCUUUCCUCGGAGAAUGGUUAUCUCCCGACUACUUCGAACAUAUCACGCCGCCUCCUAAAUCGAGUCUGAUGUUGAUGACUGCAAAAGCCGAGCUGCUGCGGAGAGAGAGUUAUAACGACUACCCUCAGUUUCACAACCGACAGACUCCCCAUGUCCAAACUCAGCUAUGGAAUGCUUCCCCUGGUCGAGGGAGCCCCUUAGCCACGUCUACGACUCCCAAGUCCGAUAUUCCUUCUGGACUUGAGAAUCUCUCUACUCUGAAAAGCGGUUUGCCAAGAAUUCCAAGUGAUCCUUCUGGGAAACUAGACGCGAAGGCUGCGCAUAAGACUACCUCUGAUUCCUCUUGGAAUCCGGGUUACGUAGCACCCGUCCCUUCCUAUGCUCUUUCAACCAACGAGCCUAUACCAAAAGGUUAUGUCGCGCAUGCCCGCGAUGCUUGCGUCAACGUCGAUUACCAAUGGGACUCCAGUAGGGAAGACCUCGGCUGGGGAGAAGGUGGUGUUUUACCUGAAGACUGGGCGGCGAUGCAUCAGAGGUUCAGGAAAGGGUUGUGCCGGUUGGUCGAAUGGUACAGUACGACGGAGAAUCCAGGAGAGAUGGUGACCAAGACGGUGUCCAGUCUAAAAUCAAGCGACCGUCCGCAAAAGGAGAAUAUAUCUGGUGGUCUGCCCAUUGGCGACGAUCAAGAAGUCGAGAUCGAAGAUGUUGUUGUUCUUGUUUCGCACGGUGCCGGCUGCAACGCUCUCAUUGGUGCCAUCACGCACCAGCCAGUCCUGAUCGACGUUGCGAUGUCGUCCAUCACUAUGGCACAACGAAAGCCCGGAUUUGACGAGGGAGUAAAUUUAGGAAUUUACAACGGGCAUGCUUCUUCGAUCGAGGAGCCUCUAUCAACUAAGCGACCCACGAUGUCGGAAAUGUUCGAGCUCAAGCUAUUCGCUAACACGGAACAUCUCCACUCUUCUAUCACCCCACCUAUUAUGAGCCGUUCUGCUUCUUCCGGUGGCCGUAAUCCUCGUAGUCGAUUUAAUAACGGUUUUAGUUCCGCUCUACAGGAUAUCAACUUGGCUGCUUCGCUAUAUGGAAAUCCGACACCGGGAAGCCGCAGCACGUCGGUAAACGCCUCGCUCGGUAGCAUGCGAAGGGGAUCACCGGUGCUGGGAUCUUCCUUUAGGCCGUCGGUGCCAAAUGGUGCGAUCAGCGGAGGAAUAACCGUGGGUAGCGGCGUUUCUAGCUUUCCAUCAACCCGGGCAAAUCGAUCAGGUUCAGUCGGUCUAUGGAUGCCGCCAAAUCAAGAAGAUGAGAUACCGGGAACGAAGGCAGCAACGCCGCCACUGAUAAAUUCUAGUCACGAAAGUGAGAUAGCAAAGGGAAAGGUCGAGGCAUCCCCAAAGACGCAAGCACGUGGCUCUAAUUCUAACGACGUGGAGUCUAGAGAGUCGACGAAUAAGGUCGCCUCGAAAUCAGAGUCGCAAUCCGAACGUGACGAAGAGCAUGACAGCUUUGACGAGAAUGCGUUUCCAAGCCUCUGGCCAGGCACAAAUAACGGGGGCCUCUGGGGUGCUCCUCGACCGCCUGGCGAAGCCGAAAGAAUUCGGGAUUUCAGCUCGACGAAACGACGAUGGACAGUCAACGAGCGAUAAGUCCCGGUCCGUCAAAGAAAUUUAGCUUACCUAAACGAAUCGAAACUACCAACAUCCAACGAGCCUUAUCUCGAAUAUGAUACCCCAGCAAACAUUGUCCUUUCCAAAGUGAUGGCUAAGCCAAUGCGUCGAACGGCGGCAUCGAUAACUCGAAAAAUCUCUUAGGCAUAUUAGCGAACCUCUUAAUGAACUGUACUGUUUCUGCCUUUUUCUUAGCCUGAAGUAUAUAUAUGCCGUUGACAUCAUGGCAAUUCCUAAAAGGAGGUCGGCGUCUUCAAAAUUUCCACUCUACCCAUACCCGUCUUUACAACACCCCCAUUUCCCCAUUUCAUGCUUUCGUUUUCUUUUGUUUGAGAAGAUACCUCUUGGUCGGUUGAUAUUUGCAUUGCCCUAGGGAAUGAGAAGGGAUCCGAGUAGGAGAAGGGUCUGAGGGCCGGAGUUCAAAUUGCAGUGAUAUCAAAUUAAGCGGGUUAAGUUAGGGACACUUGGCUAUCCAUCGUCUAUAGAUGAAUGACUGAAUGCUACGUCGUUGAGUGCUGGGUAAUUAUGAAACCUACUUAUGAAGUGAAGUUUUUUUGAUUUGAUAAAUGUUGGUCGGAUUUGAGUAAAGGAGUAGAUCAAAAGAACGUUGUAUUGGAAAUUCAGGUUUAUGGCUCAUCAUUUCCACGGCUCUCGAGCAUAUUACUAACAUAUUCAAC